ACAUUCCCCGCAAACGCUCCCGCGCGAGAAGAGGCCGCGGAUUUUCCGGGCGCCUCACGGAUUUUCGCGGGCCCCGCUCUGCACUUGCACACUGCUGCGCGAAAUCGCGGAGUGCGUGCGGACGAGAUGCUAUCGCGCGGCUGCUGAUGCCUCACGCGAGUGUGUGAACUGUCGAGACGGUGCUGACUUUUCGAGAACGUAUUGUUGUGCUUGGCCUUCUAAGUGCGUUGACGGAAAAGCAGGAAAGAUGCCGAGGAACAGCGAGGACGAGGACGAUUUCGGGCUCGGGUACCAGAACACUUUGAACAAUUCAACACCACCAGCCUUAAAGUAUCCACCGCCUCCGAAAAGAGUCUAUUUUCGUAACCAGAUCUCGCGUCUGCUACAGUCUGCCGACCUCAUCCAGCUCAGAGCAGCAGCCGACGACAUCGUCGAGGAAAACUCGUUGCGAAGGCCGCCGAUCGCGCACCUAGUCUCACCUCGCGUCUAACGUAUAUACUUACGCGCUCGAGAAAGGUUUAUGUAAUAGUAAACAGCGCCAUAGGCGGCCGAUCAAGCGCUCGCGCGAGGUAUAAUGUCAAACAAAUGGCGAAGGCGAGAGCUAGUGUCAUCGCGCGCUGAGAUCAUAGGAAGUGAGCCGCCUUUUACGAGGAUCUCCUACAGCUUCUAAUUGACGCGGUGCUGAAUUGAAGUGUUCUGACGAAGAAGUGAAGUCGUUGGUGGUGAUGUGAAUUGUAUUUUCAUUUAUUUUCAAUAAUAUUGUGUUAUGAGGAAAAGUGUUACUCCAUAUAGCGAUGACUGACUCUGAGUAAUUGAUAUCAUCGAUACCAGUUCGCGACGUGCCGAUGGAUGUCUCCGAGUUAGACAUAUCUGUUUCAUUUAUUUUAUACAUGCCCUCGCAGUGAAGAGAGCGAGAAACAGAUUAUAUAAACUUUUAGCGCAUAUAAUACCAUAUAAUUAAUGACGUGGUAUUAAUCAGCAUUAAAAUUAGAAUAUUAUCAAUAUCUCAAGAAAAAUAAAAAAUUGUAUAAUAGGUAUAUGAAAAUAGAACUUGGAAAGUGGUAACAGAUGAGUAUGGACCGACAAAAUGUGUGUUGCAGUAUAGUAACGGAUACUUUACGUAUAAGCUACAAGUAUCACUGAAGAAAGUAGUCCUUUGAUAUCAAAGCCAGUGGCGCGGGAAAAUUCAAAUCACCUCCACAGGCCGACGCAGUCAGUCUCGUCGAUAAGUCAGCUCCCUUUACGCUUGGCAGCGAUAAGCAGUGCUCGAGAGGUCAAAUGCUUCGACAUCAAUCAACGCACCGCGCCUCCAUAUAAACCGCGGGCAUCAGCGAUCGACACAAAGCAAACGAUCGCGAUACAAGCACGGCUUGAGGAGGCGCGAGAAGCUCUCUCUCGCAUUCUACAGCAAAGCCAUGGCUGUGGUCGAACGUCAGCAGUAGUAGCGUGCGCGACGUCUUCGUGGCGGUGGGUCUCUCUCCCUCUCUUACUGCGAUAAGAGACAGCCGCGAAUCUUGAUAAGCGCGAAGACCUCGAAAAAGACAAUAGAGUCCGCAGAACAAACAGGAGUGAGAGAGAGAGAGAGAGAGAGAGAGAGAGAGAGAGAUCGGGAGAGAUUAAGAAGGCGUCGUGCAAAGAGAGGGGCAUAAUGGCACUCAGAUGCUUAUGGGUAAACGGUAGGCGCAGCGCCACGAUUCUACAGAGUCACGCGAACGCAGCUGUCGCUUGUAUUUCGAGCUUCCACAAGUUGCAGGAGUGCUUGCAGCAGCAGCAACAGGCGGCGAAAAUGGCGAGCGCUAACCUGGAGUACAACAAGAUGGUUGUGCCGAAGGAAGAGGUCAUCAGGUUCAUCGCGGACUGCAUGACAAAGGCCGGCUCCAGCAGAGAAGAUGCCGUGACCGUCGCGCAUCAUCUCAUGACUGCUGAUUACAGGGGACACUUCAGCCAUGGAAUGAACAGGAUGCAGAUGUACGUCGACGAUAUCCGUCACAAGCUCACCGACGCCACUGCCAAGCCCCAAAUCGUCAACAAUUUUCAGGCGAUCGCUCUGGUGGACGGCUGCAAUGGUCUGGGCCAGAUUGUUGGCAAGUACUGCAUGGAGCUGGCGAUCGACAAGGCUCGGAAGUUCGGCAUCGGCCUGGUCACCGCUCGAGGUUCCAACCACUAUGGAAUCAGUGGUUACUACAGUCUCAUGGCUAUCGAGCAGGACAUGAUCGGCUUCAGCUGCACCAACACCAGUCCCUUGAUGGCUCCGACGCGCAGUUCUCAGAGCGCUCUGGGCACCAACCCUCUAUCUCUGGGUAUGGGCGCCAGCGACGGUGACCAGUUUGUCCUGGACAUGGCAACGACCGCCGUAGCUCUGGGCAAGAUCGAACUCGCUCACCGGAAAGAGCAGCCUAUCCCUUCAGGUUGGGCUAUGGAUACAGAUGGUAAAGUAACCACUGACUCCGAAAAAGCUCUCAAGGCUUCCACACUGAUGCCACUGGGUGGAGAAGAAAAGAACUCGGGGUACAAAGGUUACGGUUUGGCCACGAUGGUCGAGGUGCUCUGUGGCGUUCUCAGUGGGGGCAACUACGGACCUAACAUCCGCAACUGGAAGAAAGCCGACCGGGAGGCCAAUCUUGGUCAGUGCUUCAUAGCUAUCAACCCGGAGGUGUUCGCGCCUGGAUCCAAGGACAGACUGGCGCAUCUUCUGCAGCAGCUUAGAGAACUGCCUACUGUUGGAGACAAGCCUGUACUCGUUGCCGGUGAUCCUGAACGUGCUGCCAUGGCGAAAGUCGACAAGGAAGGCGGUAUUCAGUACCAUGAGAACCAGAUUAAGAAUUCCGAGGAAUUUGCUAAGGAGUUGGGCAUCGAGCCUAUGAAACUCGUCAAGAAGAUCGACUAGAAAAGCUUAUUGGACAAUAAACUGACGCGUUUGUCAGUAUUUCGAUAUGAUGCAUUAUACUCAUGAAAUAUUUUUGGCAUUUUUAUUGCUCUUUGAUAAAGUUAGUAUUGUUAUUGUACAUAGAUUGUUAAGCAUUUCUUGUUGUUGUGGAUUUUUUGAAAUUGUUUUUGUACAAAAUUCAUGUUGAAAUUUUCAGAUUUAUAUUUUUUAACGGAUCUUCAAUUUUCUAUUGUGUUAUAUUUAUAAAAACACGUUUCUCAAACUUGUUAAAUGUAAAAUUAAUGAAGCGAUUGUGUUUAUGUCACAAUUAUCGACGUUGCUAAUGAACAAAAACUGUGCCAGCCAACUCAACUGAAAUCAUUUGUGUUUAUAAGUAAGACACUUAGCGCUCUCAGAGUCUUUAAAAUGUAAUUUGUACAACAAUGGACCUUCUGAAAGAAGAGCUGCACUGCACAAUAAAUUUUUACGAUAAAUUAACAACUGAUA